GUGCGCGCAGGCCGCGCUCCCUCCCGGCUGAGUCCCGGCGUUGCUAUGGCGACGGCUUGGGCCUAGCAGCAGCGCCGGGCGCCGAAGUGCCACGAUGAGCCGCUCGGUGACGGUGGGUCGGGCGGCGGCGGCCGGGGCGCCCCCCGGGGCUCGCUACCGGAGGGCCGUGGCGCCCAGCCGGGCCUUCGACUUCCUCUACGGUGAUUCGCGGGAGGCGCGCGGGGAAGGGAAGGGCCGGGAAUGGAGACUGCCCUCCGCCUUUUCCCUCACGGGGACGCCGGGCGGCUGACAGACACCAAGGAGAGCGGCUGGAAACACAAUUAAAGACGGAGAUACAUUGAAAACACAGAUAAUUACUAUAAAGACAGCGCAGAAAGUGGCAUGGUUAAUAAUAAUAAUAAUAAUAAUAAAUUUUUUUUUACUCUGCUUUUCCCCCCGACACAGAGACUCACAAGCAGUUUACAGAUAAAACGAAGAGCUAAAAAGAGCAUGGGGAGGAGGGAGGGAGGCAAUGGUUUUUUUAAAAGAAAACCACAAUUAAACAUGGAAAUAUAUUAAAAACACAGAUAAUUGCUAUAAAGACAGCACAGGAAGUGGCAUUGUUGUUGUUAUUAUUAUUAUUAAUAUAUAUAUACAUUUUUAUACCCUGCUUUCCCCCCAGACACAGAGACUCACAAGCAGUUUACAGAUAAAAAUAAGAAGAGCUAAAAACAGCAUGGGGAGGAGGGAGGGAGGCAAUCGUUUAAAAAUCCCCAACCACAAUUAAACAUGGAAAUGCAUUAAAAAGACAGGUAUUUACAUUAAAGACAGCACAGGAAGUGGCAUUGUUGUUCUUAUUUUUAUACCCUGCUUUUUCCCCUGAAAGGGACUCCCAAGAACUCCCAAGCAGUUUUCUGUACAGAUAAAAAUAAGAACAGCUAAAAACGUGGGGGAGGGGAAUAAGCAUUUGAAAAUACAAUUAAACAUGAAUAGAAUUAAGACUAAAGCGCACCCAUAAAGAUAUUCCGAGUUGCGCUUCAUGGGAGCAGCGCCCACAACAGGCGCACAGAACCACAACUUGCUGUAAUAAAGGUGGAUUAUACCCUCCUUUCCGUUGAGUGCAGAAGACAGGAGAUCAUAUUCAUUUCCAGCUUUUUAAAAAAAAGUCGUCACCAAUGAGAUUUCAAUCAAUCAUUGUAACUCAUGUUAGAUCACAUUGGUCUUUACCACUGCCACCCGCUGCCCUAGGUGAGUGCUGCAAAGUGGAAUUUGUGGUUUUUUUCUUGCUACCUUUACACCUCUGCUCUAAUGUGCUGCAAACAUCAAUUUACACAGGUAACUAUGUACCUGUUUUACUAUGUUUAGGCAUUUCACUUCCCAUCCCCAAUGUGGUUCCUGGAAAUGCAAAUUGGCAUGAGAUUUUAUUUUCCCUAUAGUUAUCCUGUUAUUGCCCCCCCCCCGCCCCCGUACAGUCAUUUGGGAAGCUAUUCUUUCCAGCAGUUUUUCUGACUCUUUGACACAUUUUGACAUUUAGCUCUUACCGUUCCCUCACUGAUGUGCUUGAUGCAAGCAGUAACCAAUAUUAUUUACCUGUUUUCUGUUUUUUGUAUCACAGCCUUUUAACAGCGCUCCUCAUCCAAAUCAGCAAGAAAAUUAUAUUUCCUUUCAACCUUUUUUAUUCUGGUAGCACAUCUGAUUUGAUUGAUUGACUGAUUUAAUUUCUAUACUGUUUAAUAUAUUAAAAUUUUCUCUAAUUGGUGUACAAAAAACUGAAGCAACAGAAAAUGUAAGCAAACUAUUACAUUUUUAAAUGUUACAUUAAUACAUACAUAUAUAUAUAUAUAUAUAUAUAUAUAUAUAUAUAUAUAUAUAUAAUAAAUAUAUAUUCCUUCUGAAACAUCUCCCAACCUCUGGGUUCUCACCCAGGGUCCAAAUAAACUCUCAGCUCACCCUUAAAAGUCUCUCAACAAGAAGCAUUUGUGGAAACGGCAGACAUCACCCUAGUCUCUCACCCUAGACUUCCUUUAUGUGGGCAAGCCCAAGGUGGAUGGUACUUCCGCAGGCUGCCCACAGCUGUGCCCCAUUCAGCUGCACACUCAACAACCAGCUCCAGGUAUAGCAGGUUUGUUUAUUUUUCUAAGGGGCCCAAAGAAUGGGAAAAGGUACUCCCCACACUCAACAGCUGUUUCUUCAACUGGACACACACGCACCCCAACAUGAGUGCUGUAAACAGCAUCACCACCUUUUUAUUGUGGCAUCCCCGUCUGAUCCUCUCCCCCUGCCCGUGUGGUUGCUGGAAAAAGGAACUUAAACCCACUAUAUUCCCCAAUCUUACUUUGUUUUGUUUAGCUGUAUAGCUCCCCCCCUUCCCGGCCCUUAAACACCAUAGUGCUUACACAGCAAGUGACACACUAAGUGCACCUCUCUAAAAACAGGAAAACAAUGGGAAGUGAAACACAAAUUUGACCAGGAGUGCUACAUAAAACAGACACAGUGCUUAACCCGGUUCAACUAUUAUAAACAACGUUCCCCCCACCAGCCAGAUGUGCCACAAGGAAACUAGGAGGGGCUAAAAGGUACACGCCUCUUCAUGUUCCAUGGCAGACGUGACAUGGAAGGGGUGAAGAAAAGAGGCUGCCAUGAAGGGCAGGGCAAAUCAGGGGUCAGCACUUUGCUCUCCAGACUCCAGGUGAGCCCUACCAUUGCCAAGGCUAGUUUGAGUCAGUCUUGGUGUCUGCGGUGAGGCACUGUAAGCACUCGUUGGUAGCAAUGUUUCAUCUGAGUCACCAGUUUCAAAGUGAAAGAAUAGCCGGGAGGAAGGGGAAAGGUCCUAUAUGUUAUCACUCAUUCAUAAGUUUAAUGAAAAUGUUUAUAUUUACUGUAUUUAUACGUGUUUUAGAUCCAUUAUAUACACUUUCAAGUGAGAGAGACCAUGCACAAGCAACAGUCCAGUCUCAUCUGCUUCACGAUGAAAUGGUAGGUGCUUACAGUCUUUAAACAGUUCUUGCAGUUUUUGUUCAAGGCAAAGGAGGAACUGGAAGCACAGUUAGAGGGGUUUCAAAUCUGUCCAUUAAAGCUGGCAUCCAGUGGUUGACAAGUAGACAGCCCUGCCCAUCUGUCAAGUGGUCAGCGGUAGUGGGUGAGCUCAAGAUCCUGGUUCUUUCCCAAUAGUUAUGUUUCCACACAAAUACUAGCUCUUGUGCUGUUAUUCUCCAUAUAUUUACCUACAAUAUUUGCCUUUUCUAUCUUUUUUCCAUAUAAAAAAGAGGAAAGUGCCAGCAUUUAAAACCAUGUUCAGUAACCUGAUUCACUAUCCACCAUACUCUAUGCAAUUAGAAGAAAUAAACCCUGUUCCCCCAUUCAUUGACCGAAGAUGGAGAGGAAGGGCAGAACGGCGCAUUGAGGCUCUUCAGAAGCUGGCUAGGUAAGAGUUGUAAAUGUUUUUUAAAACGACUGUUUAGCCUUAGGUACAUUUCCCCACAAAGUAGGUCAGCCCUUGGCAUUAAUGUAGCUUAGCCCUAAUUCCAGCUUCAAUAUGGCUGCAGAAACAAAGAACCAUUUUUUACUUUAAUUUAAUUUAUCGGUGUGGCUCAUUCACUUCAGUGCUGAUGAUGGUCAGACUACCCAUCUCUUUGCCAUGAUCACAAACUUCACGUACAGCAAAACUUUUCAGACGGUGGCUCUAGGAAAAGGCCAACUAUAGGUAUAACCAAAUAGCGUCAUUUCAAAGCUGAGGUCAUAGAGCAUGAGGACAUAAUAUAUUACACUAUACUUUUCAUGCACAGUAUAUUUUACUGCAAUGUAUGUAGUGCAGCACAGAAGCUUUUCUCACCAGUUUCACAGACCUGACAGCCCUUGUUAAGGAUUCUGCUUCUUUUUUUUUUUUUUUUUUUUAAAUCAUAUUUAUUAAAGUUUCCAAAAAUAUAGAAAUACAAAGAAAAAAGACAAAAGAAAGAAGAUAUUUAAAAACCUUACUUUCAUUCCCUACUUUCUGGGACUCCCCCCCCCCCAAUUGUAUUCCCCUUUCCUUAAUUUGGUUCUACAAGCUCUCACUCCCAAUUUAAAGCUUAAUUUGUUUAACCCACUAUCCAGAUUAAAUUGUACAAAUCUUACCACCGUCCCACAUCAUUAACAGAAAAAGACAAAAGAUUUUCCCCAAGAUCAACCCCAGUUCCUUCCACAAAUUCCAUUUUUUUUAAACACGUCCGAUCAAAGUAAAAUAACAUGCGUAAGUUAUGUAAAAAUAGAAAAUAAGAGAUAUAGAAAAAUUCAAAAAUGGUUACACAGCCUUUGGAUUUCAAAUCUCCCCCUUCCCCGGUUUGAAUUCCCCAUGUCCAUCAGUCUAUACAGUAUCAGCUAGGAAAUCUCAUUUCAUGAACAGAUUUCUCCAAGAUUCCAUCUUGCCGGUUUUCUUUUAGUUUAUUAAUUUAAAUAAUAUUUGACUUCAAAUGUCCAAUCUAACAAAGGCCUUUAAUUUCCUUGAUCUUUACCACUCCUCCCGUUGUUCUUUCCGUGUCGUAAUCAGUCCUUUAUUCUUCUUAUUCCUCACUUUCUCAGGUUUCUUGUCCUGUUCAGCUGCUAAAACUUUCUAAUUCAGAAAUCUAGUGUCUCUGCAGAGGUUUGUUAUUCAGGAACAAAAACUUACGUCCAGUCCCUUCCUUUCUUCAAUAAAAAAUUCCAUUGUCUUCCUCUGUAGACAAAAUACUCUUUCAGUUUUGCAGCUUUCCCAGAAGAUAACAAGUCCUGUGCGAAUCCCAGGGUAUUUUUCCACUUACGACCGUUCUUGUAGUGUCCCGAAACCCCUCUAGGGGGAUUGUAAUAACUUUGUAUCCUCUAAUCCAAAAGUCAAAUUGUUACUUAUUUUCCAACAGUUUAUAUCCAUAUUAUAGCAAAUUGUAACAAAAUUUAACCAGCAAGGUCCUCAUAACAAAGUCCUCUUUAUAUUCUCCAACUUUGACAGCCACUUGACAGCUGUCAAAGUCUCCGUCUCUCUUCACCAGGCUCCACGAAUCGCCCGGGUCCCAGGGGGGGGGGUUGCAUUUUUCUUCUCGCCCUCCACUCUUCUCCUCCAGCACAUUUCUUAUAAUUUCCCAUCGUGAAAUUAAUGAUUUUUAUCAGAGACAUACUUCCCUUUGGACCUUGGUUACCCAGUCCUUGUUUUGGAAUGCUUACAAUAGGGGGGGGGAUUGACUUCCUUUUAAAUCGCCCCACUCGUGCCAAAUCCAAAAUUUUGAACCCGGUUUCCCAAUUACUCACGGGUUGUUGUUAAUAGUCCAAAUUUUCAAUAGAAGAAGUCAGCGCUCUCCGUCGAAUGGCAUGCGGCUGCGCUCGGCAGGGAAAGCAGUGGACUCAAAGCACCACGCCAUUCCCCGGCACCCGAUCCGAAGCCUUUAAAAAGGCUCCUUCACGAGUCGGGAGGGCGCUAAUGGUGCAAGCCGAGUCACCCAUGUCCACGGACUCCGUGCCCGUGGUUUUUCAGGGUCCCCGCGUCGCCGGCGCGGUAGGACCCAGCCCCUGCCGAGCAGACUCCCUCCGAAGCUCGGAGGGAGUCCGCCAUUCGGCGAUGGCGCUAACCCGGAAGUCUCGAUUCUGCUUCAUUUUUUAUCCUGCCUCAUUUGGACAGAAAACCCAAGAAAGCUAGAUGUACACUAUUUAAAGCAAUGGAAACAUAGGAAUCUGCCUAAUACUGAGACAGACCAAUCAUUGGUUUGUCUAGCUCAAAACUGAUGACAUUGACUUGUAGUGUAACAACUUCAGACCAAAGGGAAUAUGUCAGUGGUUGAGGUUUCUGACUGAUUUCAAGGGCAGCCCCACAGAGAAUGCAUUAUAGUAAUCAAACCCGGAGGUAACAAGAGUGAGAAUGACUCUGGUGAGGUCUGGCCUAUUUCGGAAAGGGUAUAGCUGGCAAACCACCUGAAACCGAUAAAAGGUACUGCUUGUUCCUGCUUCUGUAAUUGGUGCCAAUUCAAGGGCCCACCCCUAACCUUUUAGGGCAGGUGUGGGGAAACUAUGGAACCGGCAGGUGCUGUUCCACCGGCAGAUGGGGCUCCAAGUCCCAUCAGCUCCAGCCAAUGGUCAGGGAUGAUAGGAGUUGUAGUCCAACAUUGGGUAAACCACAGGUUCUCCAUCCCUAUUUAACAGGGAGUCAAACCCCAUAACAUGCUGCACACCUGAUUUCAAGACUGAAGGACGCUAAAUACCAGCACUUCAGUCUUGCCUGGAUUGAUUUCCAUUUCAGCCACAAGUGACAAAGUUUAGUGUUUCUGCUGCCUCUCUGAAUGUGAUGUAAGUGUGAGAGGGCACUAGGUGUCACUAGCAUAAUGUUGGUUCCGUAGCUUCAAUCUCUGUGCAUCUUUACCCAAGAAUUUCAGCUAGAAUAAUGGUGAAAAGCAUGAGGGAAAAGAUAGAAUUCUAUGGGUCCCGAUAGGGGCUGUGCAUUAAUCUCCCGGCAAUGCUUUCUGAAGUCUACCCUCUGGAAAGAAGUUGGUUUUUUUUUAAAAAAAAGGUAAAGGAGCCGUGACAGUUAAGUCCAGUCAUGAACAACUCUGGGGUUGCGGUGCUCAUCUUGCUUUACUGGCCAAGGACAGCCGAUGUUUGUCCGCAGACAGUUUUUCCCAGUCAUGUGGCCAGCAUGACUAAGCCGCUUCUGGCAAAACCAGAGCAGCGCAUGGAAACGCCGUUUACCUUCCCGCCGGAAGGUAAACCUUUACCUAUUUAUCUACUUGCACUUUGACGUGCUUUGGAACUGCUAGGUUGGCAGGAGCUGGGACAGAGCAACGGGAGCUCACCCCAUCGUGGGGAUUCGAACCACCAACCUUCUGAUCAGCAAGUCCUAGGCUCUGUGGUUUAACCCACAGCACCACCCGCGUCCCUCUAGAAAGAAGCAGUGCCUUUUAAAAAGUGUUUCGCACACCCAGAGAAGUCCAGGACAAUCAAGAGGGUCAUUCUUCCUCUGUGCAUCUUGUGACACAUCUCUGACCAUCUCUGGGUGACCAGGGCAGGUUCCAUCCCAACUUUGGGCCAAAAGUCCCAUUGAAAGUGAUCUACAUAAUAACCAAGGGUGUCUGGAACAACUCUCCCUCCAGGAGAUUCUUAGACAGGUGCCCAAUUUAUACAUUGUAUUCUAGCAGGAGAUAUCAGUUUCUUACCACACCUUCUUUUUCAAAAAUUAGAUCUCAACCCUCACUUCAGAUUCCAAGAAUUGAAUAUGAAGAUCCUGAUGUUGGUGGAAGGAAUCGCUGGAAGUAUUUUGAACGGUGGGAACUGAACAGAGCAAAUCAUACUCGGUUACAAUACGUGUUUUUAUUAUGACCAAAUAAAUGAGUAUUCCACCAAAAUUUGUGGAAAGGACAUUUCUGUCUUUCAGUUUCCCAAGGCACUCCUAGACAUGGGAGUGUCUUGAUCAUAUCGUUUGGUUUUAUGUGUGUGUGAAGGCUGUCAAUCACAAGAAGCACCUCUUGUAAUCUAUAUCAUGUUAGACACCCACAUGCCUCCAUCCAGGCAAGGAAGAGGCGUCACCAGAGUUUGAGGACAUGUUGCAGCCAGGAGGACACAGAGCAGGACUUGUUAAGGGUGGUUGGGAGAGUCUCAUGGGCGAGAUAGAAAGGCCUGGAGGACCACAAAUUGGCCCUCAAAGGCAUCUUAAGCAAUAUCGUACCUCUAAAUAUGAGUAUAGUGACUGAAAAGUGUCCAUUACAACUGCAAGGUAGCUAAAUAAUAAACUUGUUAACGGACCAGACAGCCUAGGAGAGCUGUGCUAACUGAGGAAAUGCUCUGCUUGUUUGCUUCCCUGAGUUCGCCUAAACUCACUUUUCUCUCUUUUCAGACCUUUCAUCCCAUUUCAUAAGCCGAUGCCACUAAAUGUUGUCUAUGCAAUGUCCAAGUAAGUAAUGAUAUGCUGGCCUAGGUUUGUUCUCACAUUGUGAUCCCAUUGUUUUUCAAGAAGCUGAUGUUUCUAGUACUGAAAAGUAAAAAAAAAAAAAAGGGAAGGAAGAAACUUCCCCCCGUAGGAGAGGGUUGGCUGUUCUUAGUUAUCUGAUCAUUGGUUGGUUGGCUGACUAAAUGAUUGGCAAAGAUAAGGAGGGAAACAUAGACUUCCCAGUCCCUAUAAUGACCCUGUGGAAGGCAUGCAGAUGCCACCCCAGUUCACAGGUCCAGUUAUACCUUGACAAAUUAGGAAGCAAAUUUCUGUCGGGUGGGGACUUCAGGUAAUUUUGGGGGGUGGGGGGUGGAAGGGAGUUGCACUUACUUCAUUAACUGCUGAAGGGGUGUUUUUGCUAUUAUAGUUCAGGUAGCACUUCCUGGAAAAGCCACAGGGGCACAUCCAAAGAGUUUCAUACUAUAUUAUGACUGUAAAAGUUGUAUAGCAAACAAAAAGAACCUUAGGUCUCAACAGAUUGUCAGUGCAGUGCAAUGCUGAGAGUGCGGGACUGUGACCACAGAGACCUGGGUUCAAAUCUCUGCUUAGCUGUCAAGCAACUUGGGUACUCUCAUGCCAGAUUUCCCCAACCUGAUACUCACCAGGUGUUUGGGACUACAAUGCCCAUCUUCUCCAGCCAUUGGCCAUACUGGCGGGCUGAAAGAGCGUUGUGGCCCCCCCAAAAGCAUCUGGAGGGUAAGAGGUUGUGGAAAACUGUCUCACUGAGAGAAACUACCUCACAAGAUUGUUUUGAGGACAUUGUACAGUCGUACCUCGGUUUUCGAAAGUAAUCCGUUCCAGAAGACGGUUUGAGUUCCGAAACGUACAAAAACUGAAACUUCAGUACAGAAAACUCAAUAUGUUUGACUUCUGAGGCAUAUUCGAAAACCGAAGAAUUUUACGGUUUAUGGCGUUCGAAAACCGAAAUGUUCGUCAGCGGAGACAUUCGAAAACUGAGAUACCGCUGUACAUUAGUAAUAUAAACAUGCGAUAAACAAGGCAAUAAAAAAAUAGUUUGUUUCAUAAAAUUUAUAUACCGCUUGGUUGUAAAAACAACAAAAAAUUCAAUAACUAUGGUCUAAUUUAAUAAAAAUAAAUAAAGUUUUUUAAAAACAACAAUGACCUUAAUUUCCUUUUAAGUGGGUGAAAACAUUUUGAAAUGUAUUGUUUUGCUCUCCUUUGCUUUUUAGGCCAGAGUCAUACAUUGACAAGGUGAAAUCCAGGGACAAGCCAGCUUAUCUCAUUUCACGAACUGUGGGUACACAGACGGAUUACCGGGAUGGUGAAGCUCAGACAGACCCCUACAGCCCUGAAUAUGUGGUGCCUCCAGGUUCCAUCCCUGAGCUCCUGACCCUUGUCACGCUGACCUGGGGUGAGUUGAGCAAAGGACUGAUGAUUAUAUGAGGGCUCUUUCCGACUUGCAUGAAGCAAAGACACAAUUUUCUGAAUGUUAGAAGAUGGGUUUGCUCCCACAUUCCACAGAUGAAAUGGACCCAGUUCCCUGAUCUAUUACCAGAGCAUUUGAGUUGGUUAUAAAUUCCUCAGUUAGGCUCAGCAGGUUUUUAGCAGUUCUAGUAAUGCAGAAAAAGCUAAAUCUUUUGCACUGUACAUUGAUUUUAACUUGUUAAUAAUUUCAGGUUUCUUAUUCCUGCCUGUGCUAGUGGCUAAAGGAAGAUUAGUACUUUGCCCCACUGAUUUCGGUGGAACCUAAGUGCUAUUAAUUUUAGUUGAAUGUGAACCAUAGUAUUGUGCCACAGUGGAAAGUUCCUCCAAAUGUUUUUGUUAUUAUUGUUAUGUUUAUUUGUAUGCUGCUUUCUCAUAAUUAUGGUCAAGACAGCUUACAGAAACAGUAAAUGAAACGACAAUAUAUAGGAUAUUCAUAAAUAAGAACAACCAGAAAAAAUGCACAUCUAGCUUACAAACCUUUCACUAACAAAACCAACUCCCGAAAAAUAUCAGUAGCAGAAAUUGCUGUUGGCAUCCAUCUGUCUGGAGAGACAAUGGAGUGUGCCUCCAGGGAUGAAGUCAAACUGCUGUGUUAGCAGUGAGCUCACUGUGGUGCAAGUCUGGGCAGUGUGUCUGGAGGUUCUGGGCUGCCCAGAGGACAAGACCCCCAUCUUGGCCUUGCUGACGUGGUCCAAAGAAAAGCAGAACAAUAGGUUUGGCACCAGCUUGACUGCAGGAGUUGCUGAAAGGAAGGUGCCGUCCAGUGCUUUUUUCCUAAAAAAAAAAGUUUAGGGGUACUCCCAUUUUGAUUCAAGAAAAUCACCAUUUUAUAGUUCAAAUCUGGAAAAAUAAAUUCAGUAAAUGGACAAAAGUACAAAGGAUAUGCAUUACCUCAUAUUACACAGCUGACAGCUCAUAGUAACUUCCAUUACUUCCAAAUCUCCCAUUAGAUUCACACAUUGUUAAGCGUCCGCUUCGUCCCCCCAGAAAUAUAAGCACUGGAACUGUCUUACGGACUCUGCUCUGGAUUUGUGGAGGGUUUACUCCUCAGCCUUUUCUUCUGAAGGUAUCCUGCAAGUCAGUGGGCAUUUAGGAUCAGAGAUUUCCUUCUUCUAGAUCAGCUGUUUGUCCCAGGCUGACAAGCCCCAUCUGUCCAGUAGCACAUUUAUACAGUAUUUAUAUUUAUAAUAUUUAUAUUUAUAUUUCCAGGACAGCUUACAACAAAACACUAUUAAAAAUACAGAGUAUAAUAAUUAAUAACAAUGAAAGACAGCUAUGGAACAACAACGUUCUUUAUAUCAGAGUUAUCAUUAAACAAUUUACACCCCAGAGUUAAUCCCUAAUUAAAAAGCCAGACUGAAUAAAGUGUUUUCAUCUGGUGCCAGAUUCAAAGUCUAUCAAAGCAGCAGCAGUACAGAAGGGCAGCAGAAAGGGCAAAUUGCAUUUGUCUUAAUUAGCAUUGCAGCAGCAGAAAAUAUGCUCACAUCUUCCGUUAUCCCAACUACAUACAAGCGAUGACCAAGCAGCCUCUCUCUUUUAUUGGCCAAGUUCUGCAGGAGAAAUCGGAGUCUUAUCAUGAUUACUGUAAUGAGAGCAUCUGCAGUUUAGUCACUUUUAAGAAACACCGGCUUUUGGCCACCUCUGAAGUGUAUGUGUUUUUCAUACUUCCGUUUAGGCAGGUUUUUGCAUUGGGGUUUAUAAACUAUAUCACAUUCGUAAAAAAUAAGCUAUGCUCUCUCAUUGUUUCCUGCCCUUUGAAGGACGGGGCCUUCCAGCAACCCAGGCAGAAGUGGAAGUGAUUGAACGAGCCCGAGAAAAACGUGCCUGGGAGGCCACGCUCCCCCCCCUCAGCGAUGCCACACAGAUUGCAAAGCGGCGGAGGAUGAUGGAGGAAAUGGAGAGGAAAGAGUGGGCCUUCCGGGAAGUAGAAAUAGAGGAGUAAGUCUUUAAUUUUUACCUUCCUGUUUCGUUGCCCAUGGGCCCAAGGAAGCUCUGCUCAAGUUCCAAACAAGCAACCAAAACAGGUUCUGAACAGAAACAGUAACUUCAGGAGACCAUCGCUUUAACCACAGUUUAAAAUAUUGGUGCUGACCUUUAAAGCCUUAAAUAGCCUCGGCCCAGUAUACCUGAAGGAGCGUCUCCACCCCCAUCGUUCUUCCCGGACACUGAGGUCCAGCUCCGAGGGCCUUCUGGCGGUUCCCUUAUUGCGAGAAGCAAAGCUACAGGGACACAGGCAGAGGGCCUUCUCUGUAGUGGCACCCACCCUGUGGAACGCCCUCCCAUCAGAUGUCGAGGAAAUAAACAACUAUCUGACAUUUAGAAGACAUCUGAGGGAAACCCAGUUUAGGGAAGUUUUUAAUGUUUGAUGUUUUAUCAUGUUUUUAAUAUUCUGUUGGGAGCUGCCCAGAGUGGCUGGGAAAACCCAACCAGAUGGGCGGGGUAUAAAUAAUAAAUUAUUAUUAGUAUCAUCAUCAUCAUUAUCAUCAUCGUAUCCAUGAUGGAUAAGUUAAUGGUCCUCCAUGUGCAGGUGUCCCUAGAGUUUAGUUUCCAAACUGGGCUGUAGUUAGUGGUAUAUAGUUGAUUUAGAUUCUUUGUCACCAUGAACCCUAGAGACCUAAGUUUGGUAUGGCGUACCAGGAUUUGAAAACCCUCAUUAUCCUAGACUGUUCCCCCACUGGGAUCUUAAAAAACAUCAUAUCUGAUUUGCCAAAAUGAAAUUUCAGGCCUGCCACCUCUUGAAAAUACCUCAUAGGCUCUUGACAGCCAGGUGCUUCUUCUUAAUUAGUGGGAAAUGUUUGUGGGCGUGGCCACCAUACAUAGCUGGCAGGCUGCAUUUAUUUUAUUGGCUCAUUGGUUCUGCAAGCCAUUAUAAAAGGUGCAUGAUAAAAAUGUGCACUGGAUAUUUGGAACAAAAAAAGAGAAACAUUUGUUAUAGGUAAAUCAUCUAAAUCAGGCUUCCUCAACCUCGGCCCUCCAGAUGUUUUGGGCCUACAACCCCCAUGAUCCCUGGCUAGCAAGAUAAGUGGUCAGGGAUGAUGGGAAUUGUAGUCUCAAAACAUCUGGAAGGCUAAGGUUGAGGAAGCCUGAUCUAAAUGAGGAUGGCAGUAGUGUUUGAGAUCUGUUGAACCCUCUUCUUUUCCUAUUCUUUUUUUGAAGAUUGCAAGAAGUUAGACUAGAACUCUUAAAGGCUCUGCUGAGGAAAAGGGAAGAGAACCGCAAUGAACUGAUGGUCACUCGCUUGGAUGCUCACUGGUUUAACCUCAUGCAAGAAAAAGAAGAAAAAAUUAAAAAAAUUCAGCAUGAACAUAUAAAAGGUAAUGGAAAUGGUAAUGGAGUAGAAAGUCUAUACCACUGUCUGCUUUCCCAAGCUACGGAAAGCUGAUGCAGAUUUUCAUUUAGAUGUGCAUCUUGUCUGAAAUUCCUUCUCAGCAAUCCGAAGACUGAUAGCCAAGGGGAAAAAUGUGGAAGGAAAACUGGAUAAAAGAAAUGUCAUCAGGGACUACACUGAAUUUGAUUCACAGCCUUAUGCUCCUCUAUCAAGAAUUGGCUACUUUCCAGACAAUAGAGCCGACCGUUUCAUAGUGAAGAACCCCUUUCUCAACACCUAUCAAGGUCAGUCAUGCUAAGGAAAUCUUCUAGUCCAUUUUCCCUUUUCCUGGACACAUGUAAGCUACAAAGGACAUGCAGACUUCAUCUCCUUUCUGUUCAGGGGAAGGUCAGUUUCAUGUGCUCUGUUGUAAUCUCUGUGCCUGAUCAUUGGAUCAAAGUGAGUCAUUCUCUUUCAUCACAAUUCCAAUUUGUCUCUUCUUCCUCCACUUCCACUUCCACCCCACCCCAAUACUUGCAUUCUAUCUUUCCUAGGAUUACUUGAGCUGGAGGCAUCUCUUCCUGACUUCGUCACUCAGCCCCGAACUGAAGCUCCCAAAAGGAACACCACCACUAAGGAUGGGUUUAUUAAACGGUCGGCUAGACUAGAAUUGGAACUGGCACAGGUUUACCAGGUACAGUGCUUUAUGUGAGGCCAUUGCAACUCGUCCUACCUGAAAUCUGUCUCUUGCUUUGCUUCCUGAAUACCAGCUUUAGGCCAUUCUAGGCAAGAAAACUGUGUGCUGAGGCAUAGGCGCCAUCUUGGCUGUCAAGGCUGUGGGAAUGUUGUGGAAAGUAGGAGAGGAUAUAUUGAUGAAAUAUUAUCCCUCCUCACUCAAGCUAGUGAGCAAGGAGCAGAGCACAUUUCCUUGUACAUUUCAGGAAGCUAGUUGAUGGAUUCGUGAGAAUCAUUUAAGUUAAGCAAUCCAGUCUGGCUUGUCCAGACUGGAUUGUUCCUGGUAAAUUUCCCCUUUAUUUCCCUCUUAAAAAUAAUAACAGCACGGCAGUCUUCUUUAAAUGUAAUGGUAAAAUUUACUUACAUUCAAUUCAUGUAGUAUCCUGAAGGCAGGCUUUAUCUUGUAGUUACAGUUACAUUUAUAGAGAAAAGAAGUCUGAGCUAGGCUUGUAAGGAUGAGCCAUGUGGAAGGAUAAGCCAUGUGUGUCCGAAAGGAGAAAAUGGAAAAAGGCGAAAAGAGGAAGAUGGCUGUGUCAGUAGCCCUUUGGUAGGGUCUGCUAGGGUCCCGCCCAUCUACCUGGUCACACAGGGGGAGGAGGCUCCAGAGCAGGUAUGACAGGAAGUCCUUCCAGUCUGGAGCAACAUUCCCGUGUGUGUCCACUCUAGGCAACAGGAAUUGUAUUUGACAGCUUCAGUGAUGAGACAUCCCACAAAGGCACCCACAAAAUUUUUACUGUGAGUGCCUGGCCGGGCGACCAAAUGUGUUGUGUGCUGUGACAGGGCGUUCCAUCUGCCCUCCCACUGCGGCAGCGGCAUGUGACGUCAUGCAGGUGCAUGACAUCACACACACACACACACACACACACACACUGGGCCCCCACAAUGCUGGGUGGAACCUGGCGUGCCUGUGCUGAGGAGAAACCGUGCCAUCUAUUUUUAGAGGUUGCAGGCUGCUAUUCAACUUCUGUUGAUCCUUUUACCUUCAUACCAUCCUUCUUCAUUCUCUUCUCCUUCCCAGCCUCCCCUCAUUAUCCCAUUACUUCCUAGCAGAUUGGGAAAAUAUGUGAAAUGAAUAGUGCCAAUGUAAAACAUGGACCAGGUGUUAUAAAUGUUUUGUACUACUGCAACAGUUUUUUGGGUGAAUUAAGAAAAGAAUAAUAGUGAAGAGAUGCUCUUCAGGUCACUUAGGCCUAGUUCCUCCGAUGCUGCUAACUUCUUUUCCAGAUACUGCAAGACAGAAAGAAAAAGGUUAAGGAGCCGUGUAAACCACUUCGUUUCCUUGAGAAGAUAUCCAAGAUCCCCGCUCGUCCUCCCACUCCAACACUGGAAGUGCCUUCACUGGUAGGUGGAAUAUUUCUGACCCUCUGAGGGGCCUUGGCCUAUCUCCAAGGCGGGCUGCAGUUUUGGUGCGGGGGGAGGAAGAUCAGAAAGGCAACAGGUAGAAAUAAUGACAGGCAGACAAGGGUCAGAGACAAGGGCGGAAUCGGACCAGGCAGAAGGUCAAGUUCCAAGGCACAAUAGAGGGUUGGAGAGCUCAGAAUCAAGCGGUAGGUCAAAGGCAGGCAAGGGCACAACCUGACAAGGUGACGGUGGUCCGGGAAAGGAGGAGAGAAAGUGACUUGCACAAGAGUGGAGGCCACUGCAAGUGCUUGCUCACCGUCCUCCCUGAGCUGGGCAGCAGCACUGGAGUGGGGAAAUGGGACAUUCUGUGAUCAAAUCAGAAGCUGGGGUGGCUUCUGUAAGUCCGGGAUGUCCCAGGAAAGUUGAGACACUUGAAGGAUAUGCUAGAGUCUUCCUGAUCUCCUGAUCCUCUAAGGAUCCUAGGCAUCCUUAGAGUAGAUUUGUGCUUUAAAAAUCUGAAUGCCCCAAUCUUUCCAUUGCUAUGCUUCCCUUCUGCCCACCCCCCGCCCCAUAUCUGUAAACCAACUAGGCUGGGUAUACAGGGAUUAAAGUCAAUAAAUGUGAGCCACAUUCUCAGAAAUCUAGGUAAUAUUGCACAGAUCAUUCAGCGAUGUCCUUUCCUGAGUGUCUUCCUGCAACAAAGCAGUUGGCAGUGGCAAACUCUUCUUGUCUUUUGCAGAUUGAAGAAGAGAGAGAACUAGCUGUGAUUACACUCCAGAGCUUAAUCCGAGGCAGAGCGAUCCAGAAUAUGGUAUUCUCUGGGUUUUUCUUUUCUUUUCUAAAGCAUCUAGUGGCAGAUUAAAAACAAAACAAUGAGAGAAAGGUGCUGAUAGGCCAGCACAAGAAUCUUGGGAGAAAGGAGAAAUUGGGGCGUGUGGGAUGGGUGGCUGCACUUGGAACAGAGUUGGGGUGGAUCUUUAAUAAAUAUGUAAGUAGGGACGCGGAUGGUGCUGUGGGUUAAACCACAGAGCCUAGGACUUGCCAAUCAGAAGGUCGGUGGUUCAAAUCCCCGCGAUGGGGUGAGCGCCCGUUGCUCGGUCCCUGCUCCAGCCAACUUAGCAGUUCAAAAGCAUGUCAAAGUACAAGUAGAUAAAUAGGUACCACUCCGGCGGGAAGGUAAACAGCGUUUCCAUGCGCUGCUCUGGUUCAGAAGCGGCUUAGUCAUGCUGGCCACAUGACCUGGAAGCUGUACAUGACCGGUCCGCCAAUAAAGCGAGAUGAGCGCCCCAACCCCAGAGUCGGCCACGACUGGACCUCAUGGUCAGGGGUCCCUUUACCUUUAAGUAAGGCUGCAGUCCAGGGAGGCGGAGAAAUAAGAAGACAGCUCAACCAUCCUCCUUUAUUUUGUUUUGGAAUGAUGAUAUUUCUUCCCCCAAGCAAGAUGUACCUUCUUUGGGCUAGAUUCAAGUGGGUUUUUAAGCUAUUCAGUUGCCUUGCUGGGCUUUAGAGAAAAUGAAUCCCUUGACCUCACAUAUCUAUUUAGGACACGCUUGAGUCAGUUACUAGGGAGAAAUUCAUUAUAGAGAGAAGAGGAGCCUGGUUGGAUCAGGCUGAUGACCCACCUAGCCCAGCAUCCUGUUCUUCCAGCGGUCAGCCAAUGCCUCUGAGAAGCCUGUAAGCGGGAGCUGAGGGCAAGGGCUCUCUUCCUGCUUGCGUUCUGGGAAUAUUUCACAUAGCUGUAUUGAUAAAGACCACCAAUGUGCUUUUGCCUAGUGUAAGACCUGGUCACCUCUUGUCUGAACACCAGGAUCUCCUUUCCUGGUUUAUUUCUCACAGUCAAGUUCAGGUUCCCACCCUACUUCUCUGGAGUGGAUAAUCAAAGUGUGGAAAUUAAUGGUUCUGCAAAAAUUAACUUGUCAAAUAUAUGAAAAGCAAGUGUGAUUCCUUUCCCGAUAUAUUGUUUCCUUUCUUUAAAGACAUUGUGACUCUGAAGGGGAAACAGAACACUUCCCAUAAAUUCAGAUUUGUUUCCCUGUGUUGUCAAGCAUAGCCUGGUUCUUUAACAUAGGUUGUUUCUCUACCUGGAGAAAUGAUUCUCUUAUGAGGGAGUAGGUGGCUAUAUUUAUGUUUUAUUUGUAUUUUACUUGCUCUGUUUGUUUAUAAAACCAUACAAAAACUAGGGUAAUUUAUAUUUUAAAAAAUGAGAUGACAACAAUAAAGUUUGGUGGAAGAGAACAUUCAGCGAAGCUGCAUCUUCAUUCAUUCCUUCCCUCUGACUUCCUGACAGAUGUUUGAAGGGAAGGAAAAGCGACUGGAACUGAUCCGUGAGUUGCGCACCACUCAUGCGCUUCAGGAGGAUGGGCAACUGUUGAAGAAGGCGGAGAAGCAAGUGACGUUGGCCUUGCAGAGGCAGCGGGAUCUGCAUGAACACAAGGUUUGGCCAUAAACAGAGAGGCAGUGGACCAGUAUCUUGUUUAAAGUCUUUCCCUUCUGUCUCCUACAACAAUGUGUGCAACAGAAGCUUAUGAUGCAAGAUGGCAUUUGGUCAUCUGAGGGAGGAAUAUCAUCUCAUAGUGGGUGCUUUGUUCAAGAUAGGGCUUACUAGGAGUUUUGUAUGCCAGUGUUACACAGAGGAACAAGAUGGCUGGGUUAGCCAGUCGUUGGAGUCAUUACUUUAGGCAACUCGUGCUGACUGAGGAGGUAUUUGUUAGGUGGCUUUGCCACUAGUUGCCUGACCAAACCCAAAGAGUGCUCAUUAAAGGUUCCUCAUCAUCCUGGAAAAAAGUGACAAGUGGUUCGCUGCAGGUUCUCUCCUGGGCCCAUUGUUGUUCAACAUCUUUCUAAACAACUUGGAUAAAGGAAUUGAGGGGUUGCUCAUCAAAUUUGCAGUUGACACCAAACUAGGAGGGGUAGCUGAUGCUGUAGAAGGCAGAACCGGGUUGCAAAAUGACCUGAACAGAUUGGAGAACUGGGCUCAAGCUAACAAAAUGAAUUUCACUAGGGACAAAUGUCUAGGUUCUGCACUUAGGCAGAAAUAACUAGCUGCACAAAUAUAAGAUGGGGGACACCUGGCUUGCCAGUAGUACAUGUGAAAUGGAUCCCUUCUUCCUUUGGGGGUUCUCCAGCUGUUUGCUCCCACCAUUCCUGUGUCCAACCAGUCCAUGACACCAGCCCUGCAGGUGUAGUUAGACUCCCAACUCCCAUCAGCUCCAAACCACCAACUAGUGUGGGAAUUGUAGUCUUGCAACAUCUGGAGGGCACCACGUUGCCUAUCUCAGUGCAGCAGCAGCAGCAGCACACUAUUCCAGAUUACUUUCACGUCUCUGGAAAUAGCGUGCAUAAUCUUUUCAAGGCUGGGUUCUGAUGCUCAGGCCUGGAGCUCAUUUCCUGUGGAAAAAGUAACUCGUUUUAUAUAAGGGAGAAUAAUUCUUCCGUGUUGCAUUUAGAUGUCUCUCAUGGAAAAGCACUUGGCUCGGGUGGAAGGAAGAGCCCUCUCCAACAUGCUAGACUUCCUCUCCAAAGAGCUGAUUCGGCUCCAGGACGAACGGAGGAUCCACGCUUUUGCUAUGCUUGCCGAGAGGCAACGCCGAAUUCGAGAAGCCGAGGAGAGUGGCCGCCGGCAAGUGGAGGAGCGGCGCAGGCGUGAGGAAGAUGAGAUCUUUAGACAGGUAUGUGGGGGGACGGCAGCCACAGGGCUCAGAGGGGCCUGUCCCAGUCAAGGGGGUUUAAGUUUGUCCUGAUACCUGCACAGUAAACUGAGUCAAGUGUGCUAUCCCUGUGGGAAUUAUUUGUAGAGGACUGUUUCUGCAGGGUAAGAGGGAGCUAGACUGCUGUGGGGAUGUGCAGGCCUCUCACAGUCAAGGGAGCAUAGAUAGCAUACUUUUUAUCAUCAUGUUUCAUCCCAGUAUUCGACAUGAACCCAUGAACCCACCCGGACCCUGAGAUCACCUUCUGAGGCCCUUCUUCGUGUGCCUCCUCCUCGAGAGGUCCGGAGGGGGCAACACGAGAACGACCCUUCUCUGCAGUGGCUCCCUGUUUGUGGAAUGCUCUCCCCAGGGAAGUUCGCCUGGUGCCUUCAUUAUACUCCUUUAAGCGCCAGGCAAAAACGUUCCUUUUUAACCAGGCCUUUGGUUGACCUGAUUGACAUCCUUUUAAAAUGUGGCUCUUUUUUGAGGGGGAGGGUGUUACUGUUUUUAUUUUAUAUACAGUGGUACCUCUGGUUGCGAACGGGAUCUGUUCCAGAGGCCCGUUUGCAACCUGAAAAGAACGCAACCUGCGUCUGCGCAUUUGCGCACGCAUGGGUCGCGAUUCGCCGCUUCUGCGCAUGCGCAAGUGGCAAAACCUGGAAGUAACCCAUUCCAGUACUUCCGGGUCACCGUGGGACGCAACCUGAAAAUGCUCAACCUGAAGCAAACGUAACAUGAGGUAUGGCUGUGAUCUUUUCUGUGAACCGCCCUAAGAUCUCUGGGUAUAGGGCGGUAUAUAAAUUCAAUAAAUGAUCGUAAUAAUAAUGUCUAGAUUCUGUCACAGAGUACACAUUCCAUAUUUUGGAGUAAACUCUGACCAUUCUGCGUACCUGACAGCUGAUCCUUUGGCUGAAUGUACCGUAUAUGUGCUAAACUAAAUCCGCAGAUAGAUAACUUAGUCACGCAAACGCAAAAGCGAGCUUCAUGUUAUUUAUUCUUAUAUCUCACCCUUCCUCCCAGGUUGGGUUGGCUGGAAAUGGUCAUUAGGCCAAGUGAGGCCAAGUCUUCAGGUGGCAGGUGCUCUGGGAGGAGAGCCGCAGUGGAAGCUCCCAGCUGACUCCUCCUGAGCCUCUCCCCCCCCCCAACAUCUUCCUCUCUUGGAGGAGAGAACUGGGGAAGCCAUACAGCCUCUCCGAAGGCCCCUAACCUAGUCUGCCACCUCAUGUGCAGAGGAGGAGCCUAUCCCAUUGCGUAUAUUGAAGUGAGCUUGUGUGUUGGAAAUGAAGAACCACCACUAUCUUGGCCUCAGGUAGCAAAUGUAUUGGACUGGCUACAGGAAAGCAACAGUUGGAAUCGCAUCAGUCCCUUCCACAAUAGAGCCCUUUAGUGCUGGAGAGGCGUUGCUUUUCCACAAUAAAUUGGAAUUGCGAUUAAAACACUGAUUCUACACAGCAUUUAAUCUAGUUCUAUUUUAACUAGAAAUGCCUCCCCCCGCUGGCCAAGAGCUUCUGAAACGUCUACUCAGAAGUAAGUUCCAUUCAGCAGAGGUUAUUGGCAACUUAAAAGUAUAUUGCUUGCCAGUCAGCUCUUCUUGUUGCUUCCAGUUCAUCCUGCGGCUGGCAGAUUUUUGAGAAAUUUAUCAUUGAACAGCCCAUUAAUUGACGCAUGUCAAUUUCUUUGGGGUGCGGCACCAGCUAAAAAGGGGAAGAGAUCGGUAGCUAAAGAAUAUCUCCCCUACCCCUCCAAGAAAUAAGCUGAAAUGAGGCAGUUCAGAAAAAGGCUAUUUAAUGGGAAAUUACACACUAAUCCAUCAGCCAGAAUCAAUAAAACAGGUGCAGCCAGCAAAGCGAAUGUGUUUCAUUUAAAGGUACAAGAUGUGAAAAGCCUGAAUAGCUUUUUCCCCCACACCCUUUGGACAGGCACCUAAUACAAUUGCAUUGUAUGAUUUAAAAAUCACUACAAAUCUUUUUUUAGGGGGGUUGCAAGAUAGGGGGCAUGAAAUGCAGAAAAUACUGGAAGUCUACAAUUUGGAAACAUCAUUUGAACGCACUGUAAAAUGGUAUACAAAGGUCCUAGUGUGGAAGCACCCAACCUAUAAAUGAUUAGUGCUCCCUCAUCAUAUGAGAUGGUGCUAAGAAGGGAAUUCUGCUUGGGGCUAUUUCCAGGUUGUUAAGGUGCAUCAGAGUACAGUUGACUCCUACCUGGAAGAUGUCAUCCUGGACAGCAUGGAGACUACGGCUGACGAACAAGCUAGAGAAGAGAUUCAAAGAGUGGCUGUGGAAAUCAACGAUAUCGCUUAUGAAAUGGAAACACGGUAUAGAUUCUCAAGGGAACAGCAGAAUAUAUUGCAAUAUAAAGUAUUGUGGCACCUUAAAGUCUUAACCAUUUUUGUGCAGGUUCGUAUCCUGCCGACUACAUGCAAAGUGUAAUAUUUUGGUUCCCUGCGGAUUGCUCAGUGGGUAGAUUUUAUUGUGGCAUAAAGGUUUGUGGACUAGAGCCACUUUUGCCAAUAAAGUGCACUUCAUAAAAGUGUAUGUCGCAGUAAAUCUGUUGUUCUUUGAGGUGCCACAAGACACUCUCCUGAUGUUGUUGCAACAGACUAAUUCAGCUAUCUGUGUGAGAUGCUGUGACCCUUAAAGCCUAGCAGAUGCUAAAAAAAAAAGAUUUGAAAUGGCCAUCUAACCUAGGAAGAAGCUAGAUUCAAAAAGUAUUUCACUGUGAGUGUGAUGUGAACAGCAGUUCUCUGUGCCCACCUGUGGUUUUUGUACCAUAUUGCAAACUUUUUAAGUUUGUGUAUAUUCCUUUGUACAGAGUUGUUCAAACUCGGGCAUGUAGCUCGUAUAUAUUUUAUUAUAUAUUUUUCACACCAGCGAGAUGACUCUCCUUCCUCCAUUUGCCCUGGAUCCUGCAUUGCUCCUGUUUCCUGAAAGAUAGCAAAUGCAGGUCCCCCCUUCCCCUGGAGUAGCGCCCAUCCUGAUCAUGGUAUUACCCUGCUCCUGUCAGAUAUGGUCCUACGCCCCCUUCCCAUCAUGUAGGAAGUGUCCUCACUGACAGAACGUGCACAAAUAUUACUGUUUCUCUUUUUAAAAAAAACAACAAACCCCUCCUGAUGUGAAACAAAAAAGAGCGGAGGAAUUGGGAUGAGAGAGGAAAUGAAGAUAAUGACAAAAAUAUAACCUUUUGUACAAAUGAUCUCCUCUUUAGUCGAACACAUCUUCAGUCUGAAGAAAUUGUGGCCGAGCUGGUUUAUAGUUUCCUGAUCCCUGAAGUGAGGAAAAUGGCCAUCAAGGAGAAAGGUAGGAAGUGUGAACAGCUUGUUUAUCUCCCGAGAUUACUUAUGUCUUAAAAAGGAAUGUGGGUGGCGCUGUGGUCUAAACCACCGAGUCGCUUGGGCUUAUCGAUCAGAAGGUUGGCGGUUCAAAUCCCCGCAACAGAGUGAGUUCCCAUUGCUCUGUCUUAGCUGCCGCCAACCUAUCAGUUCAAAAGCACACCAGUGCAAGUAGAUAUAUAGGUACCGCUGUGGCGGGAAGGUAAACGGUGUUUCCGUGCGCUCUGGUUUCCGUCACGGUGUCCCGUUGUGCCAGAAGCGGUUUAGUCCUGCUGGCCACAUGACCCAGAAAGCUGUCUGCGGACAAACGCCUGCUCCCUUGGCCUGAAAGCGAGAUGAGCACCACAACCCCAGAGUCGCCUUUGACUGGACUUAACCGUCCAGGGGGCUUUACCUUUGUGUCUUACCAUAAAUUUUGGGUAUGGUGUUUUUUUCCUUUUAAAAGAAGAGGCUCCUGCUGCAGUGUGAGCCUUUCAUGCCUGCCCCCUUCCUCCACUACCGUCCCAGAAGGCAGUGGGGAAUUCCUGUAUAGGAGUGUCCUCUGCCUUUGCCAUUUUUGAUUAUUUUGCUCUAAUUCCUUUGAGAUCUCCUUUGCAUAGCUCUCUGCCUCCUUUAGAAGGCCCUCCCCUGGGGGCCUCUGUUUCUUCAAAUGUAAUCCAGGGUGCAUUUUCCCAUCCUUGUUCUGAAAUGAGUGUGGGAGCCAGGUCUGGCAGAGUUUUAUUUCUGUGUCCCAGGAGUCUCUCCAAGGGUGGACUUGGCAAGCCACCUGAGUCUCUGCUGGUGAUGUUAGCAGCUCUUGCUUGCCAGAGUUUCCCUUUGUUUUGGCUGACUUAGCUGAGCGGAGGCUGGCCCCUUGGUCAGGAAGUUUCUCUUAGACACCUGUCUCCUGCCGAGUUAAGAGAGUGAUGUGGGAGAUGAGGGAGCCCGAUUCACCAUUCUCAUUGCUGGCCUGCCUUGGAUCUACCACUUUCUCCUGCACAGUGAGACAGUCCCAGAGAAAGCACAUUCACGCAGCUCAUCAGAUCAUUCAUGGGACUACAGAGACGACCGUGGGACAGCUCUUUGAGCUCCAAGUGGCAACUGGUGUCGAACUUUCUCAGCUAGCAAUCCCAAGUGCAGAUCUGCCUCCUGCAGCAGCUGAAGAACAAGGAGCUCCUGAGCCCCACGAGCCGCAUGAGCCGCAGAUUCCAGACAGUCAAACAGAGCCUGAAAUGCCACCUGAAGGUGAUGGUACAGACCCCUCAGGCAGUGAAGAAACGGAAAAGAAAUAAGGUAUGCUUAGAAUUGUGUUCCUUCCCAGUCCUGCUCAUUAGGCAUCAUGGUGCCACUCAUGCACAAGAAGGCCCACCCUGGGGCUUUGGGGGGGGGUUGGUUUCAGGGAAGCUUUGGCCUUUCUUUGUGGCCGUCACUUGAAUUGUUUGCUUUUCUCUGUUCCAUCAGGCAUGAGAGAUGCCAGUUAGCAAGCAGAGUGGAUGUACCUGCAGCAAAGUUGGGGGUGGGGUGGGCUUCUGUCGGUGGUUGCCGAUACUUGCCUGGGAAUUUUUUUUCUUGCCCGUUUUCAGAGUGAUGCUUCUGUAUGUCUCUCUGCCCUCCCCCCCUCCAAAAAAAUUUGGUCAAAUAACUUUUUAGUUGCUUACCUAGGGGCAAGAGUGCUUGUCCUGGGCUCCAGUGAAGUCUCAGAAAUUCUGAAAUAGUGUGGAAAACAGUUGUCCUUUGAAUGGAUACGUGGCCUAUUUCUAUGCCUGUUGGCUCAGUCCUGCGGUCGUCAGUGGCGCUUACUUGCAGGAAAGAAUGCAAAGGAUUAGUUGUCAUUGCAUAGCUAAUAUGAAGCUUGCCCUUGGGUUGGAUUUUUAACUGAUUUUGUGAGAACUAUUUGAUCAGGGUUACAGAUAUGUUCCCAAGAGAAUUCAGCUGUUGUAAGUUGAGUAUUUUUAUUAAGUUCAAGUUUGUAUGUCUCUGUGUGAAUUGAGAGUGUCUAACUGGACCAUAAAUCUGAUGUUUAUAGUAUUACAGUGGACCCUCUGGAUACGAACUUAAUUUGUUCCAGGGGUCCGUUUGCAUCCAGGGGCCCGUUUGCGCAAGUAGUGAAACCUGGAAGUAUACACUUCCGGGUUUGCCAUGGCCGGCGUAACCCGAAGAUUCUGUAUCCAGAGGGAUACGUAAGUAGAGCUACGACUGUAUAGGGAUUCUUUAGGAGAAAUUGGAUGAAGUUUCAUUAAUGAGGUGUUUUCAUGUUUAAGACCCAUUAUGCAAACUUUUGCACAUUGUAUCAUAAUGAUGUGUAUUUUGUACAAUGAGUUUUACAAUUCUCAUUAUUCAUUGCUGAUGGUUUGUAUCUAUUGCUUUUCUAGUUGCCCCUGAGGAACCACCAAAAGGCUUGAGGCACCUGGGACUAAUAUGCAUCUCUGAGGUCUUCCCCCUAUUUUUUGCAUUGUGCCCUCCUUUCUUUCUAAAACAUCUUUGUCUUUACCAUAUCAAACAAACCAAGAGCAACAGCAGAAUAUUUUUUUUAAUAUUUUCAUAGACUGCAGAGGUAAAAUCUUGAAAUCCAAUUCGCAGCAAGAAAAAUAAGAGUUUUGCAAGAAAAGCAGAACGAGAGAUACUUCAAAAAACAUACAUUUGCCACCCCGAAGCUUAGGGUUAGGGCUGGGUUUUUUUGCAGCUGUGGGGAAAAGACAGCACACAGGAGAGUUUGGAAGUCUUGUAUCUUCUCAUCAUAGAAUAAAUCACACCCAACUACCAAAACUCUGGGACUAGAGGGAAGGUCUUGCAGAGAAGCCCUACAGCCUCUCUUUGUCUCCUCUUCAAGCUCCAGCAGCCUUGGAAAGACUUGGGCAAAGGAAACCAGAGAGAGAGAGACAAGCAAGUAAGGAAUCUGCAGAAGAAGGGAUGUUCUUGUGAAAGGCAGAAGAAGAAUAGGGCACACAAGAAGAGACGGAGUAAAAGAAGUCAGGGCUGGAACAUAUUGCUGCCCUGUCAUCUUCCAGCUUUGGUCCAAGGAAUGACUGGGUUGACAGUGGGACAGGGGCCAUUUCCUGAAGAUGGGGCAUAGGAAGGUAAGACUAGUCAAAGGUCCUAGGCAUGACCAGCUCAGGGUAGCAGGGCGCAAGGCACAGCAAAAAGGCAGCUUGUCAGCACCCUGGAAAGCUCACAAUGGGCAUCGCUUGCCAUGACACACUCAGGGACAACCGCUGAAACUUCAAGGCUUUCUGAAGGUAGGCUGGCUGGCACUUUAACCUCCCCCACCUUGGGUUUUCUGUUCUUUUCAAGGACCAUCACCUUGUUCUGUAACCACGGACUGCUGUGCAUUGAGGGAUGAAAUGGCUGAGCGUCCUUUGGGUUGGAGGAGUCCACACCUCUUGGCCUCCUCCUACGAAGAAGGAGUAACGCCGCCUCCUAAUGCAUCUGUUCUCCCAAUCUGCCUGUGAGCCAGAUGGAGGAUAUGGGCAGAGAACGCAACAGUUGUGGGAGAGCCAGGGCAAAGAGAAGCGGGGUCGGGGUGGGAAGGUGAAGCAAUAGGGAGAAAAUCAGAAGCAAUGUAGGGGUGGCUGCCACCUCCCUCCCCCAACAUGGCCUCUUGUUAUUGGCUAUCUAAGAACUGAAAAUGGGCAGUGCCAGCCUCCCAGGAUGACUUCAAGCGUCUUCCCACAACCUCCGCUCUGCUCUGCCCUACCCAACCCAGCCUGGCUGUUGCUUGUAUGAUUAAUAAAAAUGAAGAGGAGUCUUUUUUGCAAUAUAUUUUUUUAAUUUAUUGAAGCAGUAGUCACAUGACCUUGCAUCUAGCCUUUUAGUAUAGUAACAGAAUAGAUCUGACCAGUCAUUCGGCUUGAAAAAGAAAUUUUCUUUUGCGCAAACAGACAUCACAUUGAAUACAUACAUUAUCCAGGACUGAAACCCAGCUCAGAGAUAGCAACGUGCCGAUUUGUUGGAGGAACAGCCCCACAAGACAUGGUUAUUAUAAACUCUUCACACCAUCACCAGAUUGACUCAGGGGCUCAAAGAAAGGAAGUGCGUUAUAAUAUGUCUCAGCACAUCUUGCAGAUAAAGUAGGGUCAUCGAGGAUGAUAACUGUCAAAGGGUUCCUCUUCCUUUCCAUCAAAUCAAAUGGUUUGGUGGAAGACAGAAGCUGUUAUCUCUUGCAAAAGUAUCACAGAUUAAUACAGACCAUUUAAGAAAACAUGCUAGCUCCCUGUGUUUAUUAUAUAAAGAGUCAAACCCCCCCUUGUUGGGCGGGGUGAGGAACAGUUCUGGAAAAAGGUGAAUAGGAGCAGAAGAAGAGACUUUUAAUGGAGGUGGGAUACAGAAAAGUUCAAGAGUUUUGAAAUAAAGACCACACACUUUGUAUUUUUAAAUUUCAUGUCCAGGCUAACCUACUUUUUAUUUAAUGCAAAUUACAGUACCAGUUAACUAUUUCCGAACCAAGUCACACAGAACAAAAUGUAUUUACAAAGGAGCAGAAGGGAGGAGGCAAAAUAAUAAAACAUUAAGCAUACUCUCCACAAAAAAGUUUAUAUUUAAAAUGAAAAAAUUAAUCAGUCACAGAGGCAUUCAAGUAGUAAUAAUGUUAUACAUGUUUUGCUUCUUCUUUGAAUCAAGACAGCUUUGUACGUGUAUGCAAUAGUUUGUAUACAACCCACAGUCCAUUAUAUAUAGAUUUUAGAUUUUCUGCUUUUAAGAUGGAAGUGAUCACGGUAAUUGUGUGCACAAGCCCAAGUGAUCUAUCAGCAACAUAGUAACAAACGCAAAUUUUACAGGCAAGCAUAUUAUUUAUAUAUAUAAACGUUCAUUUAUAUAUAUAAAUUGUUGUUUUUUCCCAAAAAAACCAAGAACAAACAACACAAGGAAGGAAAAUAUGUAUCUCAAGCUAACCCUUUAGGUACAAGUCUUUAUUACGCCUUUUCGUUUUGCUUUUAUUGCCUUGUCACACAUGAAGCAAGAAAUUAGCCUCUAUAGAAAUAUUGGGAAUUCAAAGGCUUUCUGAUGUAUACACCUGGCAAAUGUAGGUCCUGGGUUACAUACUAAACUGUGCUUUUCAUUACUGGCUUUGACCUCUAGUGGCUGGGAGUUAUAAUGGAUAAUAGUUUAUUGGUAGCAUUUCUUAAGAAGCAUUACUAAUCCGGGAACAUUUCAAAUUAACACUAAUUACGGACAUUCACCAUCACUUGGCUUAUUUAUAAAAAGAAGUAUAUGCUCAAGUAUCAGUUUAGAUGACUUCAGAGUAAUCUUUGUUGAUUCCACACGCCCCUUUGUUUAAAGGAAGGUACUUCAAAAUUAAGAGAGUGUCUUGAUUGACUUUCAGCUGGGGACACAGAAUAUUGUUAAUGCCAUCUCAGGGACAUGCACAGUUGCAAUGCAGACAAAGGAUAGAUCAAGAGACCAUUAAGGUACUUCAUUUAAAAACAAGCCACAAAACAGACUUCUGAGUGGAGUGUCAGAAACAAAAUGCUAUCACUGACCUUUGUGUCACCAGAAAAAGUGCAGCCUCUGCCUUACUGGAAUGAACACAAGAUGAUUACAAAAAGACAAAAAGCCAAAAAACAAAACAGCAACCUUUGGUUUGAUAAAAAGUUCAGCAUUUUGCCACCGAAGAAGAGAAUCUCACGUGGAAUACUAACAAGGUCAAACACACAAGUGAGCAGAGUUUUCAAAGCAAGGCCUUUGUGCUGGGCACAGAAAUUAAGGUCAACUUCAAAAUGACUUUCAUAAGAAAAUAAAACUCGAGGGUGAGAGGGAGGGCAAGUGAUAAUCUACAACUACAGACUCUCAAUACCACAGAUUAAUCUCUGGCCAAAAAAAGCAGAAAGGAUGUGUGAGUGAGACCCCAAAUCUUCCACCCCCCUGCUGCCCCCACCCCCAUUCCACGACAGCUUCUUUGCAAAGCCCUAUUUUGCCUCUACGGAAACAAAGACUAAACUAUAGCUCCUAGCUAGAAGCUGUUGUCUACAAGUAACUCUUGACAAACGUACUGGGAAAAGACGAGCAAAAUGUAAACUUGCCACUUAGAUGCCAAGAUAGCAAACGUAAAAUGAAACCGGUCACUGCUAUUGUGGGUAAGGGAGAGAAACUUUUAAACGCCUACGAACAAAGCCAUGGUUUGAAGUAAAAAUAAAAAAUAAAAUUGAAUGAAUUUUCUUUUUAAUUAUACUACUAACAUGAAAUAACUCAAAGAAGGGAAACAAAGAUUUCCAUGUGUGAGACAUCUGGUACAAAAAAAGGAAUAAAAUAAAAUAAAAAAAAUUAUGGAAGCAAAGGCACUCCAAACUAUAUAGAUAUACUAUACAUCGCUAGAGUUAUUGUUACAAUAAUACAGGCCGGUUAUCUACUGUACAGAGUUAAAACUAUAUGGCUUUAAAAAGCUCGUCUACAUUUUGUCUGAUUAUUAAAACAGAUUUAACUGCCCUGAAUGGUAACGUUUUGCUCAUUAACAGCAGUUCCUGGGUCCACAUAUUUACAUACAAAGCAAUACAACUCAAAAUUUUAAGAACAACUAAUGUACAAACUUGAAUUUGGUGAGGAGCUUUUUGUCUUGUUUAUUUACAAAAAUGGUAUUGAAACACCUGGAUCUAGAUUUGUAUAAAAUUUUGUCUGCAGUCCCGCCAUGAUCCUCGAGAAAAUAAAACCAUCAGGAUCUCAGUUUACACAUACACACACACAUACACACACACACAAAACAAUUGUUUUUAAAAAAAUAAUUAACGCUUUUCAUUCUUCUUCCCUGCUAGCAUCGAACUAACAGAAAGUAAUGCAAAUCCUAAGACACCAUCUGUCUUCUGAGCCUAGACUGUCCUGCUCUCCUGACUGCAAACUGAGUUUUCUCUAUGUCAUCCUCCUGCUUGUUCAAGUGUCUCAAGAGCUCUGAUCGCGAGGGCUAUAAAUCAACAUGGAAGACACCUAUCGGCUCCUUUCCUGCAUCAAGAUCCCCUUCCAGGCCUCUCAUUCGCCAUAGGCUCAUUUAUGGAAAACUGGAGUGUUUAAACAAAUAUGGGUUCCAUACCCAUUCCCCUUGAAGCUAUUUUAAUAACCAUGUAUCUGAACUUUCUGUUCAUCCUUUUUUGAGACAGCCCAACAGCUCCCUCCUUGACAAGCACCUUUAAUCAGAUUAGACUCUCAGACCCAGCUUCAUAAAUGUGAGAAGAAAGAGGAGGCCCUGUUGCCUUCCGGUGGCUGCAUCUGCAUAAUGCGGAGUUUCCCCCGGGCCAAAUCAGCAAAUCAUGUUUCAAAAGAUUCAACAAUGAAAUAAACUCUCACAAGCACCAAGAUGACCGAGAUUCAUUUGAAGGCGUGUAAGGCUAGGUGAGCACAUCUCUCAAUCCAAGUAGAAAGCUAGACGGAAAGAGCCUGUCUCGGUUGCUCCGGCAGCAAUGGCAUUCCUUCUUGCAACUUCCCUAACGCCUUUCAAGAAGUAUUGCUUUCGCUUCAAAAACAGAGAGACUUGACUUUUUGCCACUACAAAAUAACCCAGAACACAGACACUAGAAACAGGCAUUUCUGCUUCAGUCAGACCAAUUAUAGAUUAAAAAAUAAAAAGCAGCACUGUAUCUAUGUAUAUAUUUAUAAUAUAUAUAUAUAUAUGUAUAUGUAUAUGUGCAUAUAUACACACACACUUAGCUUUCUAUAAGUCAGCAAGAGCAAGUAAACUGAUUUGUCUACUCAUUAAUAUACUACCAUUGUGAAAGCAUCACAACAGCGACCGUGGAAGAUCA